UUAUAAAUCACUGUUCGGGAUAUCGUUAGAUACAGCCACCAUGGGGCCCAGGCGAAGUAAUAAUUUAAUACAUAUAUCAAUAGUUGGCUGCGUUGUGGCUUGGGUGGCUGCGCAAGAUUAUUAUGAAGAGCACCAUAGAAAUCAGAUACGUCAAAUAGAACACUUCAGGGAUAUACCAACAACGUUUGAAGUGAAAGGCGACGAAGCUGUGCCGAUAUUCAAUAACUACAUCACGAAUAUCCAAGAUUUGGCAUCAAAGAAAAACUUAGUGGUAACUUAUAAAGUUAAAAUAAGCACCGCUAAAAAAAAUAAGCAAAGAAGUUUUAAAAAAGAUAAACUAAGCUACGGUAAGUCAAAGAAAUACAACAUCCCAUUGAAGAAGAAGAAUAUGAAGUUAUCGAGUUUCGAGAUUAUUCUGAGGAAACGAGCGAACGAUAUCAGUUUCAGGCAUUAUAAUUAUAACGAUGAAACAACGACAGAUAAAAAAAUUUUAACAUACACAACACGACAAAUAUCAGCAGGUAAAUACAAGCCAGUGAUAAGCGCCAAGAAAACCAAAUAUGCAAAAAUUAUACAUCCAGUUAGAAAUAAAAUUAUUACUUUAGAAUCAUAGCUUUAAUCAAUUACAGUAUUUUUUUUUUAAUUUUGCCAUUAAAUUAU